UGGUUGGUAGUGGCGGUGCUAGGCCGGGAGAACGAGGGGACACGGAGGCCGCACUCGCCCCGCCAUCCCUCACCCAUUUCCCCCCCGCUCCGGUUCCGGGAGAUGUGUCGGGCGGGGGGCCCGCGUUCGCGGAGCCGCCGGAGAGACCAGCAGGGCCGAAGCCGGAGCAGCGCUGGGCAGGCUGCUGGGCUGAGCCGUGGUGCCCAUCUGGUGAUGUGGGGCAAGGCCCCCCGCACAGGCUACUGAGCGCCCCGGACGUGCCCCCCUGGCCAGCACCAUGGCCCGCCUGGCCGCUGUGCUCUGGAGUCUCUGCAUUACCGCCGUCCUGGUCACCUCGGCCACCCAAGGCCUGAGCCGGGCGGGGCUCCCAUUCGGGCUGAUGCGCCGGGAGCUGGCCUGCGAAGGCUACCCCAUCGAGCUACGGUGCCCAGGCAGCGACGUCAUCAUGGUGGAGAACGCCAACUACGGGCGCACAGACGAUAAGAUCUGUGAUGCAGACCCUUUCCAGAUGGAGAACGUGCAGUGCUACUUGCCCGACGCCUUCAAGAUCAUGUCGCAGAGGUGUAACAACCGCACCCAGUGUGUGGUCGUUGCCGGCUCUGACGCCUUUCCCGACCCCUGUCCUGGGACCUACAAGUACCUGGAGGUGCAGUACGACUGUGUCCCCUACAUAGAAGUGGAGCAGAAAGUCUUCGUGUGCCCAGGGACCCUGCAGAAGGUGCUGGAGCCCACCUCGACGCACGAGUCGGAGCACCAGUCUGGCGCAUGGUGCAAGGACCCGCUGCAGGCAGGCGACCGCAUCUACGUCAUGCCUUGGAUCCCCUACCGCACGGACACGCUGACCGAGUACGCCUCGUGGGAGGACUACGUGGCCGCGCGCCACACCACCACCUAUCGCCUGCCCAACCGCGUGGACGGCACAGGCUUCGUGGUGUAUGACGGCGCCGUCUUCUACAACAAGGAGCGCACGCGCAACAUUGUCAAGUACGAUCUGCGCACGCGCAUCAAGAGCGGGGAGACCGUCAUCAACACAGCGAACUACCAUGACACCUCGCCCUACCGCUGGGGGGGCAAGACCGACAUUGACCUGGCCGUGGAUGAGAACGGGCUGUGGGUCAUCUACGCCACCGAGGGCAACAACGGGCGGCUGGUAGUGAGCCAGCUCAACCCCUACACACUGCGCUUCGAGGGCACGUGGGAGACGGGCUAUGACAAGCGCUCAGCCUCUAAUGCCUUUAUGGUGUGCGGCGUCCUCUACGUGCUGCGCUCCGUGUAUGUGGACGAUGACAGCGAGGCGGCCGGGAACCGCGUGGACUACGCCUUCAACACCAACGCCAACCGCGAGGAGCCCGUCAGCCUGGCCUUCCCCAACCCCUACCAGUUCGUCUCCUCCGUCGACUACAACCCUCGCGACAACCAACUCUACGUCUGGAACAACUAUUUCGUGGUGCGCUACAGCCUGGAGUUCGGGCCACCUGACCCCAGUGCCGGCCCAGCCACUUCCCCGCCCCUGAGUACGACCACCACAGCCCGCCCCACACCCCUCACCAGCACGGCCUCGCCCGCGGCCACCACCCCGCUCCGUCGGGUACCCCUUACCACGCACCCUGUGGGUGCCAUCAACCAACUGGGACCUGACCUGCCUCCGGUCACGGCCCCAGCCCCUAGCACCCGGCGGCCCCUGGCCCCCAAUCUGCACGUGUCCCCAGAGCUCUUCUGUGAACCUCGAGAGGUGCGGCGGGUCCAGUGGCCAGCCACCCAGCAGGGCAUGCUGGUGGAGAGGCCCUGCCCCAAAGGGACUCGAGGAAUUGCCUCCUUCCAGUGUCUACCGGCCCUGGGGCUCUGGAACCCCCGGGGCCCUGACCUCAGCAACUGCACCUCCCCCUGGGUCAACCAGGUGGCCCAGAAGAUCAAGAGUGGGGAGAAUGCGGCCAACAUUGCCAGUGAGCUGGCCCGCCAUACCCGAGGCUCCAUCUAUGCGGGCGAUGUGUCCUCCUCCGUGAAGCUGAUGGAGCAACUGCUGGACAUUCUAGAUGCCCAGCUGCAGGCUCUGCGGCCCAUUGAGCGCGAGUCAGCUGGCAAAAACUACAACAAGAUGCACAAGCGGGAGCGGACCUGCAAGGACUACAUCAAGGCUGUGGUGGAGACAGUGGACAACCUCCUGCGGCCUGAGGCUCUGGAGUCCUGGAAGGACAUGAACGCCACAGAGCAAGUGCACACGGCCACCAUGCUCCUGGACGUCCUGGAGGAGGGCGCCUUCCUGCUGGCCGACAAUGUCAGGGAGCCCGCCCGCUUCCUGGCUGCCAAGCAAAAUGUGGUCCUGGAGGUCACAGUACUGAACACAGAGGGCCAAGUGCAGGAGCUGGUGUUCCCUCAGGAGUACCCCAGCGAGAACUCCAUCCAGCUGUCCGCCAACACCAUCAAGCAGAACAGCCGCAACGGGGUGGUCAAAGUUGUCUUCAUCCUCUACAACAACCUGGGCCUCUUCCUGUCCACCGAGAACGCCACAGUGAAGUUGGCAGGCGAAGCGGGCACAGGGGGCCCGGGCGGCGCCUCCCUGGUGGUGAACUCACAAGUAAUCGCAGCAUCCAUCAACAAGGAGUCCAGCCGUGUCUUCCUCAUGGACCCUGUCAUCUUCACUGUGGCCCACCUGGAGGCCAAGAACCACUUCAAUGCCAACUGCUCCUUCUGGAACUACUCAGAACGUUCCAUGCUGGGCUACUGGUCAACCCAGGGCUGUCGCCUGGUGGAGUCCAACAAGACCCAUACCACGUGUGCCUGCAGCCACCUCACCAACUUUGCUGUGCUCAUGGCCCACCGCGAGAUCUACCAGGGCCGCAUCAACGAGCUGCUGCUGUCGGUCAUCACCUGGGUGGGCAUCGUGAUUUCCCUGGUCUGCCUGGCCAUCUGUAUCUCCACCUUCUGCUUCCUGCGGGGUCUGCAGACUGACCGUAACACCAUCCACAAGAACCUGUGCAUCAACCUCUUCCUGGCCGAGCUGCUCUUUCUGGUCGGCAUAGACAAGACGCAGUACGAGAUCGCCUGCCCCAUCUUUGCCGGAUUGCUGCACUACUUCUUCCUGGCCGCCUUCUCCUGGCUGUGCCUGGAGGGCGUGCACCUCUAUCUGCUGCUGGUGGAGGUGUUUGAGAGCGAGUACUCCCGCACCAAGUACUACUACCUGGGUGGCUACUGCUUCCCAGCCCUGGUGGUGGGCAUUGCGGCCGCCGUCGACUACCGCAGCUAUGGCACCGAGAAGGCCUGCUGGCUCCGAGUAGACAAUUAUUUCAUCUGGAGUUUCAUCGGGCCUGUCUCCUUUGUUAUCGUGGUGAACCUGGUGUUCCUCAUGGUGACGCUGCACAAGAUGAUCCGGAGUUCAUCCGUGCUCAAGCCCGACUCCAGUCGCCUUGACAACAUAAAAUCCUGGGCCCUGGGGGCCAUUGCGCUGCUCUUCCUGCUGGGCCUCACCUGGGCUUUUGGCCUCCUCUUCAUCAACAAGGAGUCGGUGGUCAUGGCCUAUCUCUUCACCACCUUCAACGCCUUCCAGGGGGUCUUCAUCUUCGUCUUUCACUGCGCCUUACAGAAGAAGGUGCACAAGGAGUACAGCAAGUGCCUGCGUCACUCCUACUGCUGCAUCCGCUCCCCACCUGGGGGUGCCCACGGCUCACUCAAGACCUCAGCCAUGCGGAGCAACACCCGCUACUACACGGGGACCCAGAGCCGAAUCCGGAGGAUGUGGAACGAUACUGUGAGGAAACAGACGGAGUCCUCCUUCAUGGCAGGUGACAUUAACAGCACCCCUACCCUGAACCGAGGUACCAUGGGGAACCACCUGCUGGCCAACCCUGUGCUGCAGCCCCGUGGGGGCACUAGCCCCUACAACACCCUCAUCGCCGAGUCGGUCGGCUUCAAUCCCUCCUCGCCCCCCGUCUUCAACUCCCCAGGGAGCUACCGGGAACCCAAGCACCCCUUGGGGGGCCGGGAAGCCUGCGGCAUGGACACGCUGCCUCUCAAUGGCAACUUCAACAACAGUUACUCCUUGCGAAGUGGGGAUUUCCCUCCAGGGGAUGGGGCCCCUGAGCCGCCCCGAGGCCGGAACCUGGCCGACGCUGCAGCCUUCGAGAAAAUGAUCAUCUCAGAGCUGGUGCACAACAACCUGCGAGGUGGUGGCAGCGGGGUCAAGGGCCCUCCACCGCCCGAGCCCCCUGUGCCACCCGUGCCAGGGGGUGGCGGCGAGGAAGAAGCAGGUGGGCCUGGGGGUGCUGACCGGGCAGAGAUUGAACUUCUCUACAAGGCCCUGGAGGAGCCCCUGCUGCUGCCCCGGGCCCAGUCGGUGCUGUACCAGAGCGACCUGGACGAGUCGGAGAGCUGCACGGUGGAGGAUGGGGCCACCAGCCGGCCCCUCUCCUCCCCUCCGGGCCGGGACUCCCUCUAUGCCAGUGGGGCCAACCUGCGGGACUCGCCCUCCUACCCGGACAGCAGCCCCGAAGGGCCCAGUGAGGCCCUGCCUCCGCCCCCGCCUGCGCCCCCCUGCCCCCCGGAAAUCUACUACACCUCGCGCCCACCAGCCCUGGUGGCCCGGAACCCCCUGCAGGGCUAUUAUCAGGUGCAGCGGCCCAGCCAUGAGGGCUACCUGGCGGCUCCCGGCCUUGAGGGGCCAGGGCCCGAUGGGGAUGGGCAGAUGCAGCUGGUCACCAGUCUCUGAGGGACCUCGUGGACUAGGGGCUGGUGACCCAGGCAGGGGAGGAGACCCCGGCGGGGCUCUGGUGGGAGAGGGAGACUGAUGGAGGAAGCAGUGGCUGGUGAGCCGCUCUCUCCAAGCACCCUCCCUGUGGGCCCUGCAGGCCCCUCGAGAUCUCUGCCUGGAGGGGGUCGGGGGGAGUGCCUGAGGCACAGGGUUCACAGACAGGGUUUCCCACCAGCCAUGUGCACCAGCUCAGUUUGGGGGGAUGGCAGUGAGGAGGAGCCAGCGGUCCCCAGGGGAGUAAGGAAGGGAAAAUUGAAAGGGUGCAGCCCACUCUCGACCCUCCCCGCUUCCCCCUACUCUUCCUACCCCCUGGAGGGAAGUGAGGGCUUUGGUUUCCCUGGGUCAAAGGCUCUGCUGGAUGGAACCUGUCAGCUGCUCCCCUCUCUGCAGCCAGAAAUGUUCCCAGCUGCACCAGGAAGGAGCAGCGGGGGCAGAGGGACAGACGGACAGGUUCCUCCUGCACUACAGUUCCCUGCUCCCCGGAAACUGGGACCUCUGGCCCGGGAGGAAGCCCCAGAGCAAGAGGAAUGGGCAGCUGUGGCUGGUGGUUUAAAGGUGGAAAUUUCUCUGAAGGUCCUUCCCUCUGCUCUUCGUCCCUGCCUCCCCAGCAAGCCUGCCCCCUCAGCCCUUCUCACGUGCACCCAAUGACCCCCUCCCUUGGGGCGACUCCUGAUGAAGCACAACUACAACUCCCCACAGGGCCCCCAGCCCACAGGGGUGGCCAUAUUUGGGCAGUUCCCAGUCCUGUGGGCUUGGCUAUCUGGGGAGCAGAUUUUGGGUCUGGAUCUUCCUGGGGAGUGGGUCCUGGGCUUGGAUCUUUCCCUAGGGGGCCCUCUUACCCCUUUCUCUCUCCUCCUCCUCCCCCAUUGUUGUAAAUAUUUCAACGAAAUGGAAAAGAAAAAGACAAAAAAAAAAAAGAAAAGAAAAGAAAAUUUCAUCACUUGAAGCCACCGGGAGCCUGCGGCCCGGCCAGCCCGGCUUUCUCCGGAGCAGAGCGGCGCCGCUGGGCCCUGGCAGCCAGGACUUCUCCGUGUUCGUGUGCAUACCCAGCCGGGGUGGUUGGGCUGCCACAGCAGCUUUUUACAAUCCAGAGACAGAAAACAAAAUCUAGAAGCAACAGCGAAACAAAGAACCCGUUUCCUUCCCGGCACCCGUUUCUGUCGCUUCCUCCCCAGCUCUGCCGGCCCCUGGCACCAGUCAGCCCUCCUGGGGCGUGUACCUCACUGCCUGCCCCAGGACCGGGGGCCUGUCUCCCUGUCCCCUCCCCACCGGCCCGGGGGAGGCACCCUCACACCCAAAGAUGCUUUUGCCUAGAUGGCUGCGCUGUCCCUUUGAGGUCCUGCUUCUUGCAUAUUGAUUGCUUCUGGGAGUCUGGGCUGGGGAAGAAGGGGCUGAUUUCCCACCUGGGGAGGUUGAUGGGGGAGGGAAAAUGAGGCAUCAGGGUUGAGUGGAGAUGAGUUUGACCAAGGAGGGAGGGCUGGGGAUGGUGAGGCUGUCUUCUCUCUUCAUGGGGUCAGGGGUGGUGCAAAGGCAAGAGAUCACCUUCCCUACCCUACACACCAACCCACAUGAGAGGCAAAGCCAGGGCCUCCAGUCAGGGCACCCUUGUUCUGGAGGCUCUCCCUCCAAACCUGCAGACCCCAGGAAGCUGCAGGUCCAGGAUGUCUACUGAGUACCUCUCAGCCCCCUCCCUCCUCUCCAGUUUGUCACCCCGGCCUCCCCAGCCCCUUCUUCCCCAACUCUUUGGGGGUAGCGUAGUCCCAUUGCCACACUAACCCAGCUCCAUCAUUGCCACCAUUUCCCCAGGGGUGGCCCUCCACCUCUGCUCUGACCCCUUGUCUCUCUCGCCCCCUCCCUCUUUUCUCACAAGUGCCAUGAGUUUUCAGACAUCUUCGGGUUUCAGCCUGCUGCUGCCAUGAACUUCUUUGGGUUAAGGGGGAGGGACUGUAGGGAGGAACUGGGAGAAAGGGACAGGAAGGUGGCUGGAGGGACCCUUUUUGCUGCUAGAAAGCCCCCUCUUCCUGGGGCAUUGGGGCUGGCUUGUUCCCAUCAGGGGAGAAGGGGCCAGACCAAAGAUGGUGGUUGUCCCAUGUAAGGGGGACAAGUGUGGGGAGAAGGAAGGGUUAGGUUCCAUCUCUGGCUUUUUCUGGUAGGAAGGUUUAUUUAACCCCUUUUACCAGCAGACUGUGGGUGAGUCUGGCUGGGGAAGAGAAGUAAUGAUGGGGGCAGUCUUAUUCUAGACGGCUCUGAGGAGGGCAGGAGGCAGCUCCGUGGCCUUCCUUGGCUUCGCUAGGCCGGAACUCCGCUGUGGGGAGGGGCAGCUAGAGGUCUGUGAGGAGCUGGCAGGAGCCCGGUGUAGAUGACAUCUGCCCAGCUAGAGCCAGACGGAGGCUGCCUCUGACACCAGCAAGACGGCUGGAAGACUGGGCGGGGUGGGAGAGUCCCCAGGAGGACUAGAGGCUUGCAAGGAGGCCUGCUUCCUCUCCCCUGUCCAGCCCUCGGUUUAGCUCUCCAGACGUGACAAUCAAGGGGGAAGAGAAUGGGCAGCGGGUCCCUUAGAGCCCAUUCUAACUGGAAUCACGGAGGAUUCCUAGGCCUCAGCUGUGUGGCAGGGCCCCCUGGUGGGGCUGGACACCACUAACAGUCCAGCUUAAGCCACCCCCAGAGCCCAGGUGUCCCCCAACCCCAAGCAGACCUGGUGCCUUGACACCCCAACCCCAGCUGGGAUGGUUUAGAGAAGGAAGGGUCUUGGUUUCCUCUCCUACUCCCUUCCUUGGGCUCCUAAAAUCAUUUGCUUUUUAAUCUCUUUAUUUGUUUUCCUUUUUUGUUUUUUUCUUCCUUUUGGUUUUCCUGCCUUCCUUUCUCUGUCUCUUUUUCCCUGUGUCUUUCUCACUGUCUCUGUGUUCCUCUUCUCUCACCCUCAAUUUCUCUCUGUCCAUUCGGGCCUCCUCCCCCCAUUUCCCAAGCCCCCAGUCCUCCUUGGUCUCCUUUUCGAUAUGCCAAACCAAUUUUGGGUCGAGUGCAUUUAACGAGAAAACAAAAGGCUCAUAACAACAAGAACGUUUCAGAAAAAAACAAAAAGUUAAAAAAAUUGUUGAGUCAAAAAAAAAAAUAAAGAAAUUAAGAUUUCUUGGAA